GAUAUAUCCCAUAGAUGUGGCUAGGAGGAGGAGUGCUAGGAUCGCUGCGAGAAACCUGCCGCCAAGUGAAAGAAUACAAGCUGUAUUUCACCACGAUUUGAGCAGAAAUUCCCGACUCGACCGUUUAUUCUCGUCAGGAUGCAGGCAGGGGUGGUUCGGGUGGGUAACCAAUUAACCUUAACUUCAAGGUUUCCAUGUCUUCUCGGGCUAGUCUAGAAGGGGUAAGAUGCUAGUGGGGGCUAUGGGGGUUAACUUUCGUUGCUUGGUUCUUUAAACAAAAUCUUGCGAGAACACAGGGUUUCGGCGGGCAGAGAUGAAGUGAACCAGCAAGAAUUGCAUCCUCUCGCCGCCAAUUAGCCACGCCGACUAUUCAAUCGACAAUAUGGGCUUCCUCUCUCAACACUCCACCAACCACAACUUCCAACUCGCCACCACCGCCGUCGUCUCCGUGGCAGUCGGAGCCGCCGCGAUCCUCGGCCUGCAGCACCUCCAACGAGAAGCCCGCGUCUCCCGCCUCAAGCGCUCCAUCCCGGCCCCCGAUGACGACGGUCAGCAUGUUGCCUCGCCCCCGCCGGGCGCCCUGCCGAACCCAGACAAGGAGGACGUCCGCAACGCGGUGCUGGCGCGGCGCGCCCUGGCCGGCGACUUCGACGACGAGCUGGUCCUCGAGCAACUGGCGCGCAACCGCGUCUUCCUGACCCCCGAGGGGCUCGGCCGGCUGAGGGGCGCCCGGGUCGUGGUCGUCGGCUGUGGCGGCGUGGGCUCGCACUGCGCCGCCGCGCUCGCCCGCUCGGGCGUCGGCUCGCUGCGCCUCGUGGACUUCGACCAGGUCACGCUGAGCUCGCUCAACAGGCACGCCGUCGCGACGCUCGCCGACGUGGGGCUGCCCAAGGUGCAGUGCCUGCAGCGCCGGCUGGUGGCCAUCACGCCGUGGGUGGCUUUCGACCUGAGACUGGAGAAGUUCGACGGUCGGAGCGCGGCGCGGUUGCUGGGGCCGUGGGACGGGGAAGGGGGUUCCAAAGGGGGGAUGCCGGACUUUGUGGUCGAUGCGAUCGACAAUAUCGACACAAAGGUCGAGCUUCUAAAAUACUGCCACGAUCACAAACUCCCGGUCAUAUCGGCCAUGGGCGCCGGUUGCAAGAGCGACCCGACCAAGGUCACGGUGGGCGACAUCGGUACCAGCACCUGCGAUGGUCUCUCUCGGGCCACACGGCGGCGGCUCAAGCUGCAGGGUGUCACGAGCGGAAUCCCGGUCGUCUACUCGACCGAGACCGCGGGAGAAGGGAAGGCAGAACUGCUUCCUCUCCCGGAAGACGAGUUUAAAAAAGGAACAGUCGGGGACCUCGGAGUUCUGCCCGAUUUCCGCGUGCGAAUUCUGCCGGUCUUGGGAACAAUGCCGGCAGUGUUCGGAUACACUGUUGCAAACCAUAUCAUUUUACAAAUUACCGGCUACCCAAUUGACUACAUUCCCUUCAAGGGGCGGGACAAGAUGUACGAUUCAAUCCUGGGCGUUGUCCAGAGCAGCGAGGAGAAGAUUGUACGAGCGAGCGAGGGCGGGCCACCCGAACUGGCCGUUGGGCUCAAGAUCCCCGUAACCGUGGGAGACGUUGCGUUCUUGGUCGAGGAAGUGUACAGGGGCAAAAGCGCGGUCAGCGGGAUCCCGACAAGGUUGGUGCUGAUCAGAUGGCCGAAGCCAAAACAAAGCACCUUGAUCAAGAUCGAAGAACAGAAAUCUUCCGACCUUAGACUACGGGACCUGGUCUGCAUGACCAAGGAGGAAGCCGCCAGGCACCAGAGGGAGGUGCUUCUGGGCGACAAGGCGCUCAGUGAUAUUUACGAUGCCGACACAAUAGAGCGUGUCGAGGCAAAGCUGAACGAGGCCGAAGCAUUUGAAAGGUACCGAUGAAACAUGACCAUUUGCAUCUGGGUUAGGAAGGGGAUCGCCUCAGUUCUGGGGAGAUGAGUUUGGCAAUACAGACGGACAUCUGUUGCUGUUUGGCAUAUCCCUAGUCUGGUUCAGCCUCAUCGCAUUUGGAUACCAAGAGUCGAACAAUGCUGUUAUGUUAGCUGUCUACGGGGAUCUCGGCAUGAUG